UUCAUAACAACAAUUCUCCAAUUCUCACAAAAACAUUAAGCGUUACUCAUGGCUACUCGAGAUCAUGAACCAGAAGAAAGCAGUAAAAAAAUUCAAUACCCACUUGACGCAAAGGCCUAUAAGAUUCUUGAUGAAAUCGGCGUUGGUGUUAGUGCUGUUGUUUACAAAGCUAUAUGUGUCCCCAUGGACUCAAUUCUUGUGGCAAUCAAGGCCAUUGAUCUUGAUCAAUCUCGGGCCGAUCUUGAAAAUGUUCGACGUGAAACCAAGACCAUGUCUCUUAUCUCCCAUCCGAAUGUUCUGAGGGCCCACUGUUCUUUCAACGUCGACUGCCGUUUAUGGGUUGUUAUGCCCUUCAUGUCUUGUGGCUCUUUACAGUCGAUAAUAUCUUCAUCUUUUCCUGAUGGAUUACCAGAGCCAUGCAUUGCAAUAGUUCUUAAAGAAACCCUGAACGCUUUGUCCUAUCUUCACAACCAAGGCCACUUACAUAGAGAUGUAAAGGCCGGUAACAUUCUUAUUGACUCUGACGGUUCCGUUAAGCUUGCGGACUUCGGCGUCUCGGCUUCUAUUUACGAGACGAAUACUGCCCCCGGGUGGGGCCAAUCAACUUCAUCGUCGCCGUUGAUGCUUACUGAUGUGGCGGGAACACCGUACUGGAUGGCACCGGAGGUGAUACACUCGCAUAAUGGGUACAGUUUGAAGGCUGAUAUCUGGUCUUUUGGUAUAACUGCGCUUGAACUUGCUCAUGGUAGGCCUCCUCUCUCUCAUCUCCCUCCUUCUAAAUCAUUGCUCAUGAAGAUAACCAAGCGCUUCCGAUUCUCUGAUUAUGAGAAAACCAACAAGAAUUUCAAGAGCAAGAAGUUCUCUAAGGCUUUUAAAGAUAUGGUCGCUUCUUGUCUUCAUCAAGAUCCGUCAAAUAGACCCUCCGCAGAGAAGCUUUUGAAGCAUGUUUUUUUCAAGAACUGCAAGGGUACAGAUUUUCUCGUAAAAAACUUGUUGCAUGGGCUUCCUAGCGUAGAAGAAAGGUUCAAAGAAGGCAAGAAUUCUCACAAGAAUGGUAGUGAUGGGGAAGAUACUGGGAGUGAGUUAGUGAAACAAAGAAGGAUUAGUGGGUGGAACUUUAAUGAAGAAGGAUUCCAGAUGGAACCGGUGUUCCCAACUGAAGCCAAAGACGACACCGUUGUGAAGCAAGUGCGGUUUGGUGGUGAAACCAUCAUUCCUGAUAACAAAUCAAGUGGGUCGGAUAACUCGGGUCAGUGGAACUUGAGUUCACCAAAGCAAGAUGGAGAGGAGGCCCAAGUGGUAACUCAGGGAGAAAGUGAAGGUGACAACAGGGAACUCACUGCUAGCGCGAGUGAGAGUAUGGGAGGAAGCGGUGGUGAUGGUGGUGAAGUUGACAGAGAAGCCAUGGUUGGGGGGUUGGUGGCGCUAAGGAGAAGCUUGGAUGAGCAGAGGCAACAGGUGUCUAACAUGAUUGUUCUGUUGGGUGGGGAAAUGAGCAGAGAGGAUCAGUUGGUGCAACUUAAUGAUAGGCUGAGAAUGGAGUUGGAGGCUGAGAAGCAGAAGAACUUUGAAUUGGAGAUGGAAUUGGAGUUUCUCAAGCUUCAGAUUUCUGGUGCAUAUAAUAGUGGAGGUACUGAUUGAUGAAGUAUUUUCCGUUUUUUGUCAAAUAAGUGUUUUACAGUUUUAGUAUUACGAGAAAACUAGGCAUUUGUGUCAUUAUUUGGUGUGCUUAUUUGUACUCUUGCCAAUAUUUGCUGUU